UGCCAGAUUGGUGACACAUGCUUUCUUGCUGGCUGGUCUCUCGUGGGGACACGGAGGUCGUCAGCACCCACAGAGGGACUUCCGGGCAGCUCCCUGCAUCUCUGACUUUCUGCCCCUCUGUCUGCCUGCCUGCGGCACGUGCCGCCCCUGGCCUCAACCCAGGAAUCCCUCCACCGGGCAGCGGGGAUGGGCACGAAGACGCUGAUGGUAGCAUCGCUCCUGCUGGCCGCAGCCCGGGCAGAGGAGCAGAAUAAGGUGCUGCACGGAGGGCCCUGCGAGCAGACAUCUCACCCUUACCAGGCUGCCCUCUACACCUCAGGCCACCUGCUCUGCGGAGGCGUCCUCAUUCACCCACUGUGGGUCCUCACUGCUGCCCACUGCAAAAAACCGAAUCUUCAGGUCUACCUGGGGAAGCACAAUCUCCAGCAAAGGGAGAGUCUCCAGGAGCAGAGCUCUGUUGUCCGGGCUGUGCCUCACCCCGGCUACGACGCUGCCACACAUGACCAAGACAUCAUGUUACUGCGCCUGGCACGCCCGGCCAGAUUCUCUGUGCACAUCCAGCCCCUGUCGCUGGAGAGAGACUGCUCGGCCAACCACACCAGCUGCCACAUCGUAGGCUGGGGCAAGACAGCAGACGGUGAUUUCCCUAACACCAUCCAGUGUGCAUACGUCCACCUGGUGCCCCGUGCGGAGUGUGAGCAUGACUACCCGGGCCAGAUCACACAAAACAUGGUGUGCGCUGGGGACGAGAAGUAUGGGAGGGACUCCUGCCAGGGUGAUUCUGGGGGUCCGCUAGUGUGUGGAGACCGUCUCCGAGGCCUUGUGUCUUGGGGUAGCAUUCCUUGUGGGUCCAAGGAAAAGCCAGGAGUCUACACCGAUGUCUGCAGAUAUGGCCACUGGAUCCAGAAAACCAUUCAGGUCAACUAACCCUGGCAUGUGACACCCAACCCUUGACGUGUGACACCUACUAGCUGACUCCAGAAUACCUCUGACCAGCAACCUGCCUCCCCUCCACGUGCCUAGAUCCAGCCCUUAAUGCUUAAUAAAGACAGUGAUAGUGCAGAUUCUCCCUGAUUUUACCCCUGGCCCAUCCUUGCAUCCCUGGGGGUGAGUGGGGAUGUGGGCUAAAGUCUCCCGACCCCCACCCCCGCACUAAGAGAAUACAGAAAAUCCCUGCCAUGUGUCUCUCCCUCCCUGGAUAUUCCGUGCGCUUGAUUUCUCCCUGCAGAGGAGUGGCCACAAGUCUGGUGAAACCUGAGCUGGCCACUCAGCUCUGGCACUUGUUGGCUGUGCACCCUAGGGAAGCGCCGUCCUUCGCUGGCAGAUUUCUUCAUCUGUAAAUAAGAGUGACAGCAGCAUUUCCUCACAAGGUUUUGGCUGUUGUGAGGAGGAUUCAAGAUCCUAAGCACGCGAAACACAUACAACAGCGCUUGGCACACCUGUUUGAACAAUAAAGAGUGAAUUUUA